CGCUCCCACCCGCGGUGCACAAAGGCUCGCAGGGCCGCGGGACGAGGAGGAGGAGCAGACGGCUCCGGGACCGCGAUGCCAAGGGGCAGGGCGACUGCUGGGGCACCCGGAGCCCCCCGCUGACCGCAUCGGCCCUGCCCCCCACCCAGGCCUGCAGCAGGCGGCCCGCGGGGCCGGGUGACCUUGCUCGGAUGCCCCCGCGAGCGUCCUGCGUGGCCGUGGCCCGGGGACCGCGAGGGCUGCGCGCCUUUGUCCGCCAGUGACGCGGAGGGUGCUUCCUGCCUCAACCAGCCCCUCUCUCCGGCUCCCAUGGGGACCACGGAGGCCACGCUCCGGAUGGAGAACGUGGAUGUGCGGGACGAAUGGCAGGACGAGGAUCUUCCCAGGCCACUCCCAGAGGAGGCCGGCAUGGAGUUGCUGGGGAGCCCCGGGGAAGAGGCGUCCUCCCCGCCCAGCGUGCUGAACUUCGGUGGAGCCCAUCGGAAGAGGAAGACGCUGGUGGCCCCCGAGAUCAACAUCUCCCUGGACCAGAGCGAAGGCUCCCUGCUGUCCGAUGACUUCCUGGACACCCCCGAUGACCUGGACAUCAACGUGGACGACAUCGAAACCCCGGAUGAGACCGACUCGCUGGAGUUCCUGGGAAAUGGGAACGACCUGGAGUGGGAAGAUGACACCCCUGUGGCCACCGCCAAGAACAUGCCGGGGAACAGCGCAGACCUGUUCGGAGACGGCGCCACAGAGGAGGGCGGCGCGGCCAACGGGCGGCUGUGGCGCACGGUGAUCAUCGGGGAGCAGGAGCACCGCAUCGACCUGCACAUGAUCCGGCCCUACAUGAAGGUGGUCACCCACGGAGGGUACUACGGGGAAGGCCUCAACGCCAUCAUCGUCUUUGCCGCCUGCUUCCUCCCGGACAGCGGCGCCCCCGACUACCACUACAUCAUGGAGAACCUGUUCCUGUACGUGAUCAGCAGCCUGGAGCUGCUGGUGGCCGAGGACUACAUGAUCGUGUACCUGAACGGCGCCACCCCGCGGCGGCGGAUGCCGGGCCUCGGCUGGCUGAAGAAGUGUUACCAGAUGAUCGACCGGAGACUGCGGAAAAAUCUGAAGUCCCUGAUCAUCGUUCACCCAUCCUGGUUCAUCCGGACCGUGCUGGCCAUCUCCCGGCCCUUCAUCAGUGUCAAGUUCAUCAAUAAGAUCCAGUACGUGCACAGCCUGGAGGAGCUGGAGCAGCUCAUCCCCAUGGAGCAUGUGCAGAUCCCGGACUGUGUCCUCCUGUAUGAAGAGGAAAGAGUCCGAGCCAGGAGAGAGAGCUCCAGGCCCCAGCCAGAGUUUGUCCUACCCAGGCCUGAAGAAAAGCCAGACGCAGUGCUGGACGAAGACGGGUCUGCUCCUGCCACAGACGACCAGGAAACAAGCAUGUCCUGAGGUGGCGGGAUUCCACGAAGGCCAGGAAGGAGAUUCCAGAUGCCAAGAAACCUCUGUCAGACGCCCGGUGGCCCCAGAGCGCAUCCCACCGCACCCUGAUCGUCCCAGGGCACCGGCUCCUCCAUCUCCUGUGGCCUUCCGCCUCCUCGACAUGGCUGCGGAAGGUCCUAGAGAGGACGUGGUGUUCCCGUGUUCUGGAAAAGGACCUGGUCCCCAGCCCUCCCCCCAUCCACGCUGUUCCCCGCCCCGAGGCUGCAGGACACCUCCCUCCGGCUCCAGGUCCCUCUGUCACUGUCACCCGUCUGUCUGUCUGUCCAUCCGUCUGGAGCUGCAGGUGCCUGCUGGCACCGCUGGCUCUAGGCUCAUCCCCGUGCCUCCCCUGGAAUGUGUCCCACACCCGGCCCUCGGCCUCGGAUCUCCGUCCUCCAGCUCCUGUCCCAGAGUCCCGGCCCUGGCUUGUCGCUUGGCCGCCCCGUCACCUCUGAGGUCCCCCGCUUCCCGUGGGCGCCUCUGAGCCCAUCGCAUACGGAAGAGGGAGUGUGACGUCACAGCUUUGCCUCCUUCUGGAACAUUCCCAGGCCCCUUCACCUCGGGCGCCACAGCCCAGGGCCAGCCCAAGGGGCGCCAGCGACAGCCCCAGUGCCAGGGCAGGACGCGCCCAGAGCAGACGCCAAAGAAGCCGGUUCUGAGAUCAGGUCACCCCGGACACGCAGACGUCACCUAAGGAAGACAGAGGGGACCCGAAGCAGGAGGGUCUCGGAGAUCACUGGGGAAGGUAGAGCCCGGCAGUCUGGUGCCGCCGUCCCGCACUCCACACUCAAAGCCUUGCCAUCCCGUCGCUGGGAGGCCGAGGCAGGAGGGUCGCUGUGAGUGUGAGACCAGCCUGGCCUAGAGAGUGAGCUUAAAGUCAGCCUGGACUGCACAGCGAGACCCCGUCUCAGAAACUGAAAAAGAAACCAGGACAGACAGACGGGCUGUUCUCGUGGGCCAGGACAGUCGGCCCUGGCCGUGGUGACCUCGCCAUCUCCGGGGGGUGUUUAAGAAGAGGCGAGGUGGGGUUUGCAGACAGUGGUCCCUGCGGUCGUCAGCCCGGUGUCUGUUUUGAUCAAACCCUCCGAGCCUGUUCUCCAGGCCCCAGCUUCCCGCCUCUGCAGCCGGGCCUCGCUGACAGCCGGCCACUCCGGACCUGGACACCAGAAGGACGAGUCUCGGGUCAUCCCCACCGUGGGAGCAGCUGGUGGCACUGAGUGCCGGGGUGCAGGAGCUCCCACCCUGAGAAAGCAGGGUUUCCAAGUGGCUGGGAUUGCGAACCCCGAGACAGGGCCACCAAGCAGUGUGGGGCACCGUGGGGUCCCCACGUGGCCUGAGGAGCCUGGAUCCUGGGGAAUCCGGUGGCUGCUGUGUGACGUUAGUUUCCCAAAUGUCAAAUACAGGACGGGCAGAGAGGAGGGGGUCUUGGCCUCUGGAGGCUGAGGCUGCCCCCAAAGACCCCACAUCACCAAGCCUGCUCCCACUUCCAGUCACCCGGGAUCCCCAUGUCACCCACGGUGGUGACGGUGGCCCCGUCACAUGUACUGGUGACUCGGAGGAUCCCCGAUUUCCGCUGACCAUGACUGACCCAUCCACGGACAGGAGGAGAGGUCCCCACCAGCCACAGGCCGUGGCCACCAUGGCUUGUCCCCAGGCACGCUGUACCCCACGCACCUUGGACCCCGAUGUCUGCAGGCCGACACUUCUGCCCCCACCCCAGCCCCGGACGCUCAGUGGAGCCACCUGUCCACUGCGGCAAGGGACAGGCCACGCGGGUCUUCCCGGAUCACCAGCAGCCGCAGGCGUGGAGGUCCAGGCGGGCUGGUGCCCGGCCACCGUUCCCAGGUGGCCGCUGGGGUGCCAUCCACAAGUGGGCAUCACCGGAGAUUUGGAUCUGGGGAUACUUGGGGGCAGAAGGUGGGGGCCCCAGCCGCCAUUGUAAGGGGGCUGUGGUUUUCUGUCUUGAGGUGUGGGGUGUGGCUGUCGCCUCCCCUUGAGUGGCACCCUCCAUACCCGCCCCACCCCACCCCACCCCAGCCAGUUCUUGGGUUUUUAAUUAAACACAAAAAUGAUCACGAUGGUGGCUGUCACCAUGGGAAGGGGCCAUCGCCACGGGCUCUGGCGGGUUUUGAGGGACAUGAAUAAAUCCUAACCAGGAGGAA